GUCGUCUGCUAAAUUCCAAAAUAUUCGUUUGUUUAGAGAAAAUAUUCGAAGAAUUGUGUGAAAUAUGAUUACUUGACAUCGUAGCUACAAACGUAAAAAUGGUGAAAGAUACGAUCAAGAUUUUUUGCAGAGUAAAGCCGACAAAAGGAAAGCUUGCAAUAUAUGAUGUCGAGGAAAAAGAAGAUGCCGAUAUAAUAUCGUUCAAUUUGCCGAAAGAAUCAGUAGAAUGGAUGGUUAAUAAUAAAAAAGAAAACUAUAAAUUUCAAUUUCAAUCAGCUUUCGAUCAAAAAACAAGACAGGAUGAUAUCUUUGAGCAUGUGGCUCAACCGGUCAUUGAUAAUGUUCUCCAAGGAUAUAACGGGACAAUAUUUGCCUACGGCCAGACUGGUAGUGGAAAAACAUACACAAUGACUGGAGGAGCAGAACGAUAUGCAGACCGUGGAAUUAUACCAAGAACAUUAUCCUAUAUUUUUGAUUACUACUCAAAAAAUCCUGAUAGUGUAUAUGCAACCAGUGUUUCUUAUUUGGAAAUUUACAAUGAAAACGGCUACGAUCUAUUGGAUCCAAAGCAUGAAGCAACAAAAUUAGAAGAUUUACCUAAAGUCAGUUUACAUGAAGAUUCCGAACAAAACAUCCACUUGAAAAAUCUUGCUCUUUAUCCAGCAGCAUCGGAAGAAGAUGCUUUAAAUUUACUUUUUGUCGGUGAUACAAAUCGUAUGAUUGCUGAAACGCCAAUGAAUCAAGCUUCAACGAGAUCACAUUGUAUAUUUACUAUACAUUUGACCGUAAGAGAAGCAGGAAGUGCCACAGUUCGAAGAGCAAAAUUACACUUAGUUGACUUGGCUGGUUCGGAAAGAGUUUCCAAAACUGGUGUAAAUGGACAAUUACUUACAGAGGCCAAAUACAUUAAUUUAUCCCUUCAUUAUUUGGAACAAGUAAUUGUUGCCUUAUCUGAAGCUGGUAGAACACACAUUCCAUAUAGAAAUUCCAUGAUGACAUCGGUGUUGAGGGAUAGUUUAGGAGGAAACUGCAUGACUACAAUGAUUGCCACAAUAUCCAUUGAAAAAAAGAACAUUGAUGAAUCUAUAUCCACCUGCAGAUUUGCUCAAAGAGUAGCUAUGAUUAAGAAUGAUGCUAUAUUAAACGAAGAAUUAGAUCCUAAGUUAAUGAUACAGAAAUUAAAAAGAGAAAUCCAACAAUUAAAAGACCAAAUUUCAAUGACCAACGGCGACCAGUCAACUCUUGAUUUGUCUAACGAAGAAAUAAGUGAAUGCGAAAAAUUAGUUUGUGAAUUUCUUCAGGAUAAUAAUCCUGAAAGUAUGAUAGACGUUGGUGCAGAUUUAAGAAAAGUUCACGAAUGUUUUAGAAUAAUUAAGAGAAAGUUCAAUGAAAAAGCGUCUGUGCGAUCAAUAACCCCAGCUUCAAGUGAUGUAAGUACUAUUAGAGAAAAGGAAGAUAAUUUUAAUUCAAACGAAUUUGGUCGAAUUAAAGAUCUUUUGCAACAAAGAGAUAAUGAAAUUAAUAUUCUUGUCAAUAUGCUAAAGAAAGAGAAAAAAAGAGUUAAAAAUGCUACAUCUGAAUUAAAAAAAGCCGGAAUUCAACCUCCUCCAACACCGAAACAAGAUUCAACUUUUGAUUCACAAAAUGGUUUCUAUUCGGAUUCAACUCCUCCCUCCACAACCCAGUCAGAUAAUUUUAGCCAAAAAGCUGUCGGUCCAAUUAAGAUGAAAAAGCAGGAUGAAACAAGACAAAAGAAAAUUCUUAAUGAAAUGUCGAUUGGACGACAAGAGGCUUUUGAUACAUUUCGAAGAGAGUAUAAGUUAAAUCAUGUUUUGGAGCAGCACAAAGCUGAGCUAAAGUCUUUAUAUAGCCAAGCAAAAGAACUCGGAAAUGAAGUAAAUACCUCACGUCAACAAAUAAAUGCUCUUAAGUCUAAAUUGGAACGUGAGAGAGUUCGCGUUGCUAUGACUGAUGAUCAAGACAGUCUAGAAGAAGAGAUUAAAUGUAAUCUAGAUUCCGCCAAAACUUCCUAUAAAGAACGUUUUAAUUUACUAAAACAUCUGAAAGCCGAAAUAGAGCAUACACAACAUUUACUCGAUAGUUCAAAAAUGAAAUUAUUAAAAGAUUUCGAAAUCUGGUGGGCUGAGCAGGCAGCGCUCAACCAAAGAAAGCAAGAAGAUAGCGAUUUAAUACAGAGGAAUAGCAGGAAAGUAGACAGCUCUUAUGACAAUCUUGGCAAAACAGGUUGGUCAACCCCUCAUAAAGUUGAGAAAUCUACCGUUCCUGCUGAUAUUCCGUUAACUGGUGAUCCUCAAGCCGACGCUGAUAUUAUAGCUUUUAUGGAAGCAAGACGAAAAGCUCUAUCUAGGCAAGGUAAGAGAUAA